GCCAUUCAAUACAUGUUUUAUCCCUUGGACUUUGUUGUUUGAGUUGUAUACCAUCACCUUGGAGCCAUUUUAUGCUAGGUUUUGUUAUGUUUAAUAUGUUUCAGCUCUACCAGGUGAAAUGGACAAAAGGAUUGAAAGUCAGACGAAAUAAGCAAAAGUGGGACAAAGUGCUGGAAAUUGCAAGGAUUACGGUUCAAGGCAGAUUAUCACGGGCAUGAGACUGUGAAAAUUACAAGGAAACCAUGAAAAAUGCAACUUCCCAUGAGCAUUUGGAUGUCUCGCGGGCAUUGUACACAUCACGGGAACAUCACAUAAAUAUUGCAAGGAGACCGAGAAGUGUGUAAGUGAAACGGUGUGUUUUGUGGGAAAAAAUCCCAAAGUACACUAGUUUUUAAAAAAAAUUCCCAAAAUACAGUAGUUAUAAAAAAAAUUCCAAAACUACACAUGUUUGAGCAUCACCGUUUUUGUCUAAAACGGUGAAGGUCAUCACCGCUUUUGCAAAACACGGUGAGUGCUUCACCGCUUUUGUUUAAAACGGUGAAGUACUCACCGUUUUAAUUAAACACGGUGAUGCCUUCACCGUUUUAAAAUAAAACGGUGAAGGCUUCACCGUUUUUGUGGGACGCGGUGAAGUGCUGACGUGGACAGCACGGGGUAUUCACCGCAUUAGACAAACACGGUGAAUAACCCGUGUUUGUUUGCGUCAGCAAUCCGCGCCAUUGUGCUUUCACCGUGGCCGUUAGAUGCGGUGAGACGCGGAUCGUGGUUUUCUUCCCACGAUCCGACGCCUCGCAGCACGCCACGUCACCAUGCAUUCACCGCGUUUGGUUAAAACGGUGAGUUCACCGCGUUCAUCAAACGCGGUGAAUGGAUGGUGAAUUAACUGCGCAGCAUCUCCUCCCCCCUUCCCCCAAACUAUAAAUACCCCCUCCCCCUUUCACUUUCAACUCACCCCACAAACAUUUACCUUCUUUCUCCCUCAAUUUAUCCGCUCUAGUCUCGUUCUAAGUAUGCUCUGUGGUUGCGGCUAAGUCCGAUCUUCCACAUCAGAAAGAAUUACUAGAGUUUGACCCUAAAGCCCCCGUCCCGCUAAGUUCCCGUCCCUUACAAAGCUAAACCCGUCGAACCUCUGUCCGGCUUCCGCCAAUAAUGGACGAAGAGGCUCUUCGUGUAGGUUUUUGGUUUGUGAUUUUUUUUAAUCGAAACAAUUUGAUUUAUUUUUUAUCAAAACAAUCUCUGAUUAUAUUACUUUUUUAUAGAUGGGUGCCGAGAUAUACGAUCCUCGAUUGUAUAUCCAUUAUGGCCCAAGGGAUGCGAGUCUAUUAACCGAUCAGCAAAUGCAUCGCUCCCGUGCCAUUUGGGAUAACAAUCCGGUAAUUUGAUGAACUGACUUGCUUUAUUUUAUUAUUUUCUAAUGUUUUAUUUUGUUUUAUUUAAUCUAAUUAAUUGAUGUUUUUCCUAUUUUUUUUAGGAAUCUCUUGUUCCCGUGGUUCAUAAAGGGACCAAUAACUUGCCCGCUUGGCAUCCAAGGUUGGAGCCCUAUAUAGCGAGGACCGGUUUGGGAAUGUUGCGCCAUUUCUUGCGGAUCGAGAUCGACAACGAGCUGCUUACGGCAAUGGCGGAACGAUGGCGUCCCGAAACCCAUACAUUCCACCUUGCGGAGGGGGAAAUGACGAUCACCCUCAAAGACGUGGCGAUCCUCACCGGGCUUCCUAUAUCUGGAGAUGCCAUCAUUGGGAACACGACCAAACCCGAAGGAGGUUGGGGGCCGCUCAUCCGUGAUCGUUUGGGCUUCGACAUGCCGACCACCACACCAAAUCAAGGACGGGGGCAUCCACCGUUGAAUGCGGGGCAAGUGUCGGUCCCGUGGCUGGUAUCUCACAUCCAGCAAGAGGUGGAAAUCAAUGACGAGACACCGGAAGAACAAGUCGAGCGCUACGCCCGCAUCUACCUCAUCGGUUUGGUGGGUGGAUUUUUGUUCCCCGACAAGUCCAACCGGUGGAUUCAAGGCAUAUGGUUGCCAUUGCUCACCGUUGAGCGAGCCCGCCAAGAAGCAGCGGCGGAGGGGGGAAGAAGGGGUCGAGGACGUCGUGGAGGACGAGGAGGAAGAGGUGGCGAUGGGGGCCAAAACGAAGCAAAUUAGUGAAUUUAUCGUUUUAUCAUUGUAGUGAACUAUCAAUGUUGUUUUUGUGAUUUUUAGGUGUUGUUAUUUGAGUUUGCAUUGUCUAAAAACUAUCCUACGCACUUAAGUUGUCGAAUGAAUUUUCUGGAUCAUUUUAUCAAGAAUCAGUAUCUUUCCUCAACACAAAAAAGUUGGGCAAAUCAACCACGAUCGCAUAG